AUGGAAAUUGUACCCGACAGAAAUACGCCUUUACCCCAACUUAUUGUUAAGUGGGCAUAUACCGGGAUCCGCUUAGCCUUAUCCCCCGGGGCAACAAUCGGGUACUUUGCAUUUUUCGAACUUCUGAUAUUGCUUUUGCGACCUGACAUUGUCGACAAGGAUAACAGAGUACGCAUCGUUCCAACGGAAGAGUUGCCAAAUCAGUUCGACUUUAUAAUAAUUGGAUCGGGAUCUGCAGGAGCUGUACUUGCCAACAGAUUAACGGAAAAUAAGAAUUGGACUGUCUUGCUUUUGGAGGCAGGAGGUGAGGAAGGAGUCAUCUCUGCUGUACCUGCAUAUUCUUUCGAACUUUUAAACACAGGUUUGGACUGGCAAUUCAAAAGUGAACCUUCGUCGACGUAUUGUCAAGGCAUGGUCAACAAUCAAUGCCCCAUGUACACAGGUAAAGUACUUGGAGGAACCAGCAGCAUCAAUACCUUACUAUACGUACGUGGAAAUCAAAGAGAUUACGACAACUGGGAGGAUUUAGGAAAUCCUGGUUGGGGAUACGAUGACGUUUUACCAUAUUUCAAGAAGGCAGAAAAUGUCACGAUUCCCGAACUCCGCGAAUCACCUUAUCGCGGAACCUCCGGCCCACUGACAGUUGAAAACCCAAGGUACGAGCACCCGAUAAAAAGAUACUUUUUGAAUGCUACAUCUGAAAUGGGUUACCGUCAGGUGGAUAUAAACGGUAAGACGCAGAUGGGAUUUGAUAGACCACAAAGCACGACAAGAAAUGGCCUCCGAUGCAGCACGGAGAGAGCCUAUCUGCGAUCCGCAGCUGAUAGGAAAAACCUAUACAUUAGUACGAAUUCUUUGGUCCAUAAGAUUCUCAUGGAUAAAACUACAAAAACAGCUUACGGUGUUGAAUUUGUCCGAGAAAACAUAAGGCGCAGCGUUCGUGCAAGAAAAGAAGUAAUACUCUCAGCUGGCGCUGUUCAAUCGCCUCAUCUGCUAAUGCUCUCAGGAAUUGGACCCAAAGAACACCUGGAAGAUGUUGGAAUUAAGGUUAUUCACGACAGCCCCGGAGUCGGGCAAAAUCUUCAGGAUCAUAUUACGAUUGGUGGACUCACUUUUCCAAUUGAUCCACCAUAUGACACAUCCACAACAACUCUAGCACAAGUUACAGACUUUCUCGUGAAAAGAGAGGGUCACCUAUUUGGUAUAGGCGUCUGCGAAGUACUGGGUUUCAUGAAAACUAGGUACGCCAACAGUUCCAAUGAUUACCCAGAUCUCCAAAUAUUCAUGGGUUCAGCGGCUCUAAAUACGAAUAGUGAACUCGUUAAGAGCGUCUAUGGUCUCAGAGACGACUUUUACUCAGCCUUAUACGCGGAUAUAAUCGAUAAGGAAGCAUACAGUGUGGUGCCGUCACUGAUACACCCGAAGAGUAGAGGUUACAUUAAGCUGAGAGACAAUAAUGUCGCACACAAGCCAAUCAUAGUUCCGCUGUAUUUCGACCAUCCGAAUGAUCUGGAGGUUUUGGUAGAAGGAGUCUAUUUUGCCUACAACCUCAGCCAAACCUGGGCUAUGAAGGAAUUAAAUGCACGUCCCAACUCCAACGUGAUUCCAGAGUGUGCUUAUUUGAAUUUCCCGUCACGAGAUUAUUGGCGUUGCUACGCACGAUUUUUUUCAUGGAACCUGUAUCACCAUACUUCUACUUGUAAAAUGGGCCCUGCUGACGACAAAAUGGCUGUAGUAGACUCACGCCUGAGGGUCUACGGCGUAAAUCGUCUUCGGGUUGUGGAUGCUUCUAUUAUGCCAACUAUUACAUCCGGAAAUCCCAACGCGCCGACUAUCAUGAUCGCUGAAAAGGCAGCAGAUCUUAUCAAGAAAGAUAACCCCAUCUUUUCCGGUGGAUGCAAGACCUCAAAUGUCAGAGCUUCGGAAAACAUCUUCCCAGCAUGGCAAGGCUACGAUUACGCAUAG